AACAACCCCAGCCACCCGCUGCCAUGCCGCCCCGGUUACAAAUCCUGCGGCUCGCCCGCCCCGUCGUCUCUACCUCGCGCCCAACUGUCCAAUUCGCCCAACAGCGCAGCGCCUCAAUCCUGUCCGCGCUUUCGGACAACAGCGGCGCCUACAACAAGCGCAUCAAGCGUGGUCGCGGACCCGCCUCAGGAAAGGGGAAGACUGCUGGUCGCGGUCAGAAGGGUCAACAUGCGCACGGAAAGGUGCCUGCGGGCUUCGAGGGUGGUCAGACACCGCAAUGGAUCACGAACCCGGAGCGCGGACGCGGAAAGUACAAUCCGUUCAAGGUCGAGAUGAGCCCGAUCAACCUGGAUCGCAUACAGAGCUGGAUCGACCAGGGGAGGCUGGACCCGAGCAAGCCGAUUACGAUGAAGGAGUUGAACAAGAGCAGGUGCUUGCAUGGUGUGAAGCGCCACGGGGUCAAGCUCUUGGCGAAAAAUCCAGAAGCCCUCACAACGCCCAUCAACAUCAUCGUCUCCCGCGCCUCCGCCGAAGCAAUCGCCCGCAUCGAAGCUCUCGGCGGCACUAUCACAACGCGCUUCUACAGCCCAACCUCCAUCAAGCGCGUGCUGCGCGGGGACUCGCACCCUGUCGUCUCGCUCGACGCCUCCCCUGACCUGAUCUCGCUCGCCGCCUCCACGUCCCCCACCCUCAUCCCAUCGCCCAUCCUCAGCGCACUCGCCUCCUCCACCGACGCUUCCCAGCGAAAGGAGGCGCUCGGCGCCGUCAUGCGCCAGGUCAGUGCAAAGUACAAGUACAGACUGCCCGAUGCGACAGGGCGCAAGGACAUCGAGUACUACCGUGACCCCGCGCAUCGCGGGUACCUCGCGUACACGCUAGAUGCGAACGAGAGCCCGAGUCUGUUCUUCAAACCGCCGCGGGAGGCCCGGGAGAAGAGAAACCAGACUGCGAAGCGCAACGCCGCCAAGGCAUCGGCAGAGAACAGGCUGUUCUAGGUAGCUUGAGACGGACAGUGGACGGGGCGUGGAGACGAUCUGUAUCAUACGUUUGUACAUUUGCAAGACGGGAUGUAGAACUGGAGUAUCCGGUGGCAUAGCUAGCUAGAUACUGUACAUGUACGCAUACGAAGCAUCUAUGGCAAGUAAACACAACUUUCGUACAUGCCAUGAGCCGUUGGCAGUUCGUGGUUUAGCAGACUGAACUUCGCAGAUGGACAACAUACG